CCUUGUAGAAUUUAAUUUUUAGGUAAAGAACUAUCUUAAGAAAUGUUCAUUCCCACUAUAGUUUUUAUUUCUUUUCUUCUUCUUGUUGUGAGCCUUCAUUUAAUUUCCGGUUUACGUUGACCCUAAGGCAAACCCAUCACAGGGUUUCCCUGACAUGAUUGGUGUGUGGAGGGGGGGCAUUAUUUUCCUCUGAGGGAAGUAUGAUUUGCCCAAGGUCAUUCACAGUGAGCAGGGAUUCAAACCCUGGUUUCCUAGUGACCAAGUCCAAAUUUCAAACCACUAUAACUUCUCCUCUUUUCUGAACCACCUUCUCUUCUUUUCACAGGUAUCACAAGAGGAGUCCUAUGUCCAACCAAUCACUAAUUCCAACUGAGUUUAUUCUACAUGGGUUCUCUGAUAUUCAGGAAUUCCAGCCAUUUCAUUUCCUUGCUUUUCUCUUCAUCUAUUUGAUAGCUGCCAUAGAAAACGUUCUCAUCAUCACAGUAAUCAUCAGAAGUCAUCACUUGCACAAACCCAUGUACUUCUUCAUGGCCAAUCUGGCAUUCCAAGACCUUGGCUCCAUCUCGGUUACAGUUCCUAAAUCCAUGGAAAAUUCACUGAGGAAGAUCAACACCAUUUCAUACAGCGGAUGCAUCUGCCAAGUUUUCUUCCUUCUCUUCUUCACCAUAUCUCACUUUUAUCUCCUGGGCAUUAUGGCAUAUGACCGUUACAUUGCCAUCUGUAAUCCAUUGAAGUAUGAGACUAUAAUGAACAAGAAAGCAUGCAUUCAGAUGGCAAUGAGUACAUGGAUUAGUGGUUUUGGCCUUUCUUCACUAUAUACUGGUUCUUUAUUCACAGUCAAUUUCUGUUCCAAUGAUGUUAAUCAGUUCUUCUGUGAAAUCCCACAACUAUUAAAAAUUGCAUGUUCUGAUACAUAUAUAAUUGUGUUUUAUACUAUAUGUGCUGGCUCUUCCAUAUCCUUCAUUUAUAUUAGUUUAAUAAUCACCUCCUAUAUUGAGAUAUUCCGAGCAGUUCUAAGAAUUACUUCCUCCCAGAGAAAGCCAAAAGCCUUUUCAACUUGCUUGCCACACCUUAUUGUAAUAGUUUUGUAUAUUACAAGUGGUUCAUUGGUCUAUCUAAGGCCAAUGUCUCGGUCCCUGUCAACCAUGGAUCUUGUGCUUUCUGUGUUUUAUUGCAUGUUGCCUCCACUAAUGAACCCACUAAUCUAUAGCAUCAGGAAUAGUGAACUUAAAAGAGCAUCUUGGAAGUUGAUUGCUGAUCUUUGAUAUCCAUUCAUACCCACUCCAGUUAUUGCCAAUAGUAUAGAGUUGUUGGCUAUCUAAAAUGCAGCUACAUUGUAGAAUUAAUGCAGAUUGAUUCCAUUUUAAUUGUCAUGUAUCAAUGCUAUGGAUACACGGUUGUUGUCAUUCUACAAAAUCUUUAGCUUUUUCUGUGUAAGAGUGUUGGUUCCUCACUAUACUACAAAUCCCACUAUUUAUUGAUUGAUUUUUGGUAACUUAGUGUCUUGAAGUUGAAUGAGACACACAGAAGGCAUUAUUAAGAACGAUUUGCACUUAGAGGGGUGUAAUGUCCACAGAUAAAGUAAAAUAUUGCAUUAGGUAAAACAAAUGUUAACAUAUUCUUUACAACCAAAUGUGUAGCGAUGUAUUUUAUUUUUGCUUAAUGUUAAUAGUUUUUAACUGUUUAACUUUUAUUGUUAGUACUGGUUUUUACCGGCAUUGAAUAUUUGCCGGAAUUGUAAGCUGCCUUGAGUCCCUUCGGGUGA